AUGGGCCAAUCACCGUCUAAUAGCAAUAAAGGAACAAGACAAACACGUUCAUUACAGCCUCAAUCAUCAAAUUCUCUCCUAAAGAGAGUUCCCAUGAAAGUUUUUCGGGUUCGGAUUAAUUGGGAUUUAAUUGCAAUUCCAAUACGCGAAGAGUCCCUAACUUGUGGCUGACUCUUCUCAGAAGUCAUUCGACAAUACGACAGUGAGCCUCAAAUAGUUGCCUUGUGUACAAAAAAUAACUUGGAAAUUAUUGACGCCUGACUCAAUUCGUAUGAUCGUCCUUUGGACCCUGUAAGCGAUGAAGAAGAACUUGUUGCAGUUUUCAAAGAAAAUGCUACUGGGAAUAUAGACUGAUCACAUUUUAAUCCCGUCAAACUAAUCGGAAAAGGAGGCUUUUCUAAAGUCAUUGAAGUAAAUCCUCUACUUUAAAUUGGAACAAAAGUAGGUAAAAUUUCAUUUUUUGGGUACUUUAACCCUUUUAAAUUGGAACAAUUUUUUUCCAAUAAAAUUAGUUUUGACCAAAUUUAUUGUUUUAAAGAAUUUUCUACGCCAAUAAUUUAAUAUAAUUUUUUAAAAAAUAGCCUAACCUUUUAAAUUGGAACAGGAUUUUUGGUUAAAAUUUAAAGAGCAGAGUAAGAAAAAAAGAUACUGGGAAGUUAUACGCAAUAAAAACAAUGAGUAAAGAUUUUGUUUUAAAUCAAGAUAAGGUUACGCAAGUUCUUGCUGAAAGAAAUAUCAUGAUAAACUCGCAUCAUCCCUUUAUAAUAGAACUUCACUGGGCUUUUCAAACUCCAAGCGAACUUAAUUUGGUGCUUGAUUUUUGCCCUGGUGGCGAGUUGUUUUAUCAUUUGCAUAGGCUUGGGAGGUUCACAGAAAACCAAGCAAAGUUCUAUUUUGGAGAGAUAUUGCUUGGUUUAGAAUAUUUGCAUGGAAGAAAUAUAGUAUACAGAGAUUUGAAGCCAGAAAAUGUAUUAUUAGAUAUUGAUGGGCAUAUCAAAAUCACUGAUUUUGGCCUUUCAAAAGAAAAUAUUCGAAAUAGAGAAAGAACGUACAGCUACUGUGGAUCUCCAGAGUACAUGUGCCCAGAAAUGCUUCAGAAGGCUGGCCAUGGCCGUGGUGUCGAUUUUUACAGUUUGGGCUCUCUCUUAUAUGAAAUGCUAACAGGUCUUCCGCCGUUUUAUGAUCCAGAUAAACAGAAAAUGCACUGAAAUAUUCAAAAUGAAGAAGUAACUGUACCUUAUUAUAUUAGCAGCAGUGCAAAAGAUCUCCUGCGAAAAUUACUUGAUAAAAAUCCAGAAAAAAGACUAGGAAGCAAAAUAGGGGCUGAAGAAAUAAAAUCCCAUUCCUGAUGCAAAGAUAUAGAAUGGGAAGGAUUAUUAAAGAAAAAGAUUUCUCCACCUUUGACUCCCAAUUUAGCUUCCUCAAAUUUUGAUCUUUCUUAUAUAAGCUUAAAUCCAGACCCAGCAAAAUCUACGCUUAAAAAACAUCAUAAGUAUACAAACUCUGACCCUUUUACAGGGUUUAAUCAUUUUAAAGAAAAUCAAUUGAGGGUAAAUACCCAAGACAUGUCUUUUUUAUCCACAAACUCAAGUGGAAUAGUAAUGAAAAGUAAAAAAGUAAAUGAUGAGACAACAGGAAAGAGGGAAAAUAUUGACCCGAAGAAUUUUUAUUCAUUUGCGAUUGCAUCUGAAGAUAUUACCAGAGAAUUUUCAGCUCCUUUAUCUUGUUCAUUUAUGCAUGGAAUAAGAUCGGGAAGUUCAUCACCGUAUAAGAAAUUAAUUUCUAUCAAAAUUGAGCCAAAAAAACUUUCAAAAGGCAAAUCUCCUGAAAAUAUAGAUGAAGGGACAUCAAUUAGUAAAGAAAAUCCAAAAAUAAAUACAGGAGAAAGAAAAAUUAAAAGAAGAGUUGUAAGUAGUUUUAUCAUUUAUGCUAUAUUGAAUUGAAUAUACAUUAAAAUGGCGACGGCGAUCCAGCUCUUUUUCUCAACACCUGUAGCCUGCGUUCGCAGGGGACCUUGUGGAAGGGAGAAAGGCGUUCGGAAUGUGUGUCCGGCUAGGUUUUACCUUGGCACAGUGGAGCGCAACGUCGGAUUAGGCCGACCCCAGCUCAUUCUGACACCAAGGGUUUUACCUCAGGGGAGAUGGUUUCCAAGGUUGGAAAGGGAAGGCUCUGCAGCAUCGGGAAGGUACCUCCUGAUCAAUGGGCAACUCCCUAGCGUGAAACUGGGCGUUACGUCCCAGGCUUUGGAUUCCCAUCUUAGCCGACAGUCCUACCAGAAAAUUUGUUUUUCAAAUUUUCGGAAUGGACAACCUUGUCGUACUGCUAGGUGGCGUAACUCAUCCAACUACGGGUAGCGAGUGCACAUCCUCGUCCAGUAGGAGCAACAUCUUGAAGGCCGUGUCCGAUCUGUGGUGAGCAACCGGGUGAAGGUAGGGCAGGGGAAACCCGCGCCAAUAUGACGAGCCUUUAUAAUACCUGUUAAUGUUAAUGUUAAUGCUAUAUUGAAUUGAGUAUUGAACUUUUUUGAUUAUCUGCACUUUUAAUAUCAAAGAUAGCAUAUAAUAUGGUAAAGAAUAA